AUACACUCUCACUGCUGCAGACGCUCACACACUCCCAACUGAGUGUGAACAAGAGCCGCCACACAUCUGAGGACUGUGGGAGAAACCCUCUCACCUCUCUGAAGGAUUACAAAUUAGGGAACAAUUUCCUGGCGUUAUCGUUUUUUUAUAAAUUGGAUUAAGGAAGACAUCUGGAACCUCAGAGACAUGUGGGUGGGGAGCAGUCAUGAAUGGAAAAUAAGCACUCAAGGAUGACUGGAUAAGAGCUUCCAGCAGUGGAUUCUCCACCGCAGGAGAUCCACUGGAGGUAUCUCAUCAACUCGCUGCAGGUGUGAGCGUCAUUUUCCUGUGAGGUCAGGGAGGUUUGGGAGCGAAAACCUAAUGACACGGCUCUCAAAUUCCACUCCAAUCUCUGCGGCACCUGCUUAUCACGGAAAUUGCUUUCCAUCCUCCGAGUUUACGACUUCAAAGCGCAGACCAAUCUUCUAUAGAGGCAUUGUUUGUCUAUAUUCAAAACACAUUGUAGGCUUGUAAUUAUGCCCUUACGCUUAUUAUCUCUUUUUCUCCUGCUGCACGACUAAGAGGGAGCAGAAGAGAGUGUUAGGAGGUUUUUUUUUUCUUCUUUUUGCAGAUUAGAGAAGGUAGACAAGGGAGAGAGGAAGCCAAAGGGGGGAGGGAGAGAUAAACAGAGGCAGUUUUAGGCAGUAAACACGUCCAGUCCAGAGGCAGCUCUCCUCUAAACACAUCAGGCAUAAAUCAGUGUUUGAGAGUUUGUCUGUGGAGACUCUGAAACAGGAGGACAAACAGUCAGAGGAGUGAGGAGAAACACUGUUCUGCGUCUGGAAACACUGGAGGAAGAUAAAUUGAAAGUUGUGAUUAUUUUUUUUUGAGGUAUAAAAGUUUUGAUUUGCAAACAACAGAAGAAGAAGAAGAGCCAGGAGCAGACCACAGCGAUGGCCUCAGACGUCUCCCACAGCUUCUCUUGUCUUUGCAGCAACAUGGAACAGCAGCACAUAAAAAAAAACUGCAAUGGGGUCCAGACCUUUUCCACCUCCAGACCUCACCGGCCUCUCCUCCACCUGAGGACUCUGCUCCUCCUGCCCCUGCUGCUCCUUCUCUUCCUCUCCCUGUGGAGCCAGCAGGCCGAGGCUGUGGUUCACUCCAGCUUCAGGCGGCUCAGCGGCCGUGAAAAGAAGGAGAUGCAGAAGGAGAUCCUGUCCAUCCUGGGUCUGCCAGGUAGACCCAGACCCCACCCUCCACUACGUCCACCCUCCUCUGCACCGCUCUUUAUGCUGGACCUGUACCACGCCAUGUCAGUGGAUGGAGAGGAUGAUGGGAAUGAGAUCAUUGUGAGCGGACCUGGCAUGGGGAGGUUUGGGGGGGCAGAGAGGUUAACUCAGGUCAGCUACGCAGCACCGCCAACUCUCAGCACGCACACACCUCCACUGGGGACGGUGGUCAGCGAGGCCGAUACGGUGAUGAGCUUCGUCAACCUGGUGGAGCAGGAGCGAGACCUCCUACAGCCGCGUCCGUACUGGAAGGAGUUUCGUUUCGACCUGACCCCCCUCCCUCAGGGUGAGACUGUGACGGCAGCAGAGUUUCGUAUAUAUAAAACCCUGACGAUGGGCCAGAGAGCCAACAGAACGCUGCAUAUCUCUGUCUAUGAGAUCCAACGAGAGAACAGACACAGAGAGCCAGAGCUGGUGCUGCUGGACAUGCAGUCUGUGCCUGCAGGUCAGGAGGGCUGGCUGGCUUUCGACGUCACCUCAGCCUCCAACCACUGGCUCCUCCACCCGCGCAGCAACCUGGGAAUACGUCUCUAUGUGGAGACAGAGGAAGACCGCUCCCUCUCUGCAGGCUGGAUCGGGCUGGUGGGUCGCCGGGGUCCUCGCUCCAAACAGCCCUUCAUGGUGACCUUCUUCAGGGAGAGUCAGAUCCCGUGCCGACCGCCUCGAGCCGUCAAACCACAUCCACGCAGGAAGAAACCCAAAUACGACCUCCCCGUCCCCAGCAUCCACAACCGGAGUCCUGCAAACAACGGGGGUGAGCCGUGUAAAAAACACGAGCUCUACGUCAGCUUCAGUGACCUGGGAUGGAAGGACUGGGUUUUGGCGCCGACCGGAUACUCGGCGUAUUACUGUGAUGGAGAAUGUUUUUAUCCUCUGGGCUCCUGCAUGAACGCCACAAACCACGCACUCAUACAGCAAGUGGUCCACCUCCUGAAGCCUGACGAGGUUCCUAAAGCGUGUUGCGCCCCCACCAAGCUCAGCCCCAUCUCCGUCCUCUUCUACGACGACAACAACAACGUCAUCCUGAAGAAACACCGCAACAUGGUGGUCAAGACCUGUGGCUGUCUAUGAGUGUGGACACUGAGACGAAUCCAGCACAAAUCUCCAGGGAGGAUUUUAUAACUGCAGACAUGAACUCUAUCAGUGUUUAAGGAUUCUAACUAAUUAAGUGAUUCCACAUACGUUCUUUAAACCACGUUUUUAAAAUGAAACUAUUUUAUACAUCAGAGGUUUUUAUGUAGGUUCAAACUGUGCUCUGAGCUGCCAGCUGAACAAAUGAGGCGUACUGAUGAGUCUAAAUGGAAAUACCUUUGACCUGAUAUAAACAUCACUUUCACUUCAGUUUUUUUCAAGAUUAUAAUUAAGUUAAAUAUAUUUUCAUGCCUCUUUGAAAGGCGACAAACACAGAGAAUCAUAUUAUUUAACCUCGAGUGUUCACAGAUUUUUUAUGGCAAAUGAUAUUGAAUGGCAGCGGAUGCUAUGAGUGAUGCCUGUUCUGUUUUUAUAAAAGAAAUUAUAAGUGUAUAUGAAGAGAACAUUUCAAUUUGUUUAACUGAAUAAAGAAAUAUUUACAAUCUA